CCGCGGGCGGCACGUACAGACACGUACGGACGCGCGGGGCCCAGGGGGCCGCGGGGGGCGUUGGUGGCCUCGCCCCCCGAAAGGGCCCGGCGCGCGGGGCUUCCUCUCCCCAGCGCCGCGGCCGGCUCUUCCUGGGCCAGGCGGCGGCGCGGGGCCUGCGGGCGGGCGGGCGGGCUUCCCGCUCCGGAUCCGGGACCCGCGCCCUUCGCCCCCAGACCCGGAGGCCGCGCCGAGCGUCGUGGAGGAGCCGCGGAAACGCCCCGGCUCCGCGGAGGGAGGAAGCAAGAACCUCGGGCAAAGUAAAUACUGUUGGGAGAUGUGGACCCCCGGCCGCAGAAGGUACGUGAAGAAGAACCAGAGUGGGACUUGUGUGACCUGCAUCCCUCCUGAGCAACAAAAGCAUGAAAAACACCCACCCCCCAGUUUCUGCACUGGCCCUUACAGGAAGAAUCACUGAAUGGCUGACCUUUGACAACAUGCACCACCAGUGGCUUCUGUUGGCUGCAUGCUUCUGGGUGAUUUUCAUGUUCAUGGUGGCCAGCAAAUUCAUCACCUUGACCUUUAGAGACCCGGACGCUUACAGCGCCAAACAGGAGUUCCUGUUCCUGACAGCCAUGCCGGAUUCUGGGAAGUUACAGGGAGAGCAGCAGUUUCCUGAGGAACUGAAGCCAACGGGGAAGGUGCUGUCAGACGGCCAGCUUGUUCAGCCCUUGGUCUAUAUGGAGCGCCUGGAGCUCAUCCGAAACGUCUGCAGGGACGAGGCGCUGAAGAACCUCUCACACACGGCAGUGUCCAAGUUUGUCCUGGACCGAAUAUUCGUCUGUGACAAGCACAAGAUCCUCUUCUGCCAGACUCCCAAAGUGGGCAACACACAGUGGAAGAAAGUGCUGAUCGUGUUAAACGGUGCCUUUCCUUCCAUCGAAGACAUCCCUGAGAAUGUGGUUCAUGACCAUGAAAAGAACGGCCUCCCUCGUCUCUCUGCCUUCAGCGAUGCAGAAAUUCAGAAGCGCUUGAAAACCUACUUCAAGUUUUUUAUUGUAAGAGAUCCCUUUGAAAGACUGAUAUCUGCUUUUAAGGACAAGUUCGUCCACAAUCCCCGCUUUGAACCCUGGUACAGGCAUGAGAUUGCUCCCGGCAUCAUCAGGAAGUACAGGCGGAACCGGACAGAGACCCGGGGCAUCCAGUUUGAAGAUUUUGUGCGCUACCUGGGUGAUCCAAACCACCGAUGGCUGGACCUCCAGUUUGGGGACCACAUCAUUCAUUGGGUGACGUACGUCGAGCUGUGCGCGCCCUGCGAGAUAUCAUACAGUGUGAUUGGUCACCACGAGACCCUGGAGGACGACGCCCCGUACAUCUUAAAAGAGGCGGGCAUAGACCACCUGGUGUCAUACCCCACCAUCCCUCCGGGCAUCACCGUGUAUAACAAAACCAAGGUGGAGCACUACUUCCUGGGCAUCAGCAAACGGGACAUCCGGCGCCUGUAUGCUCGUUUUGAAGGGGACUUUAAGCUCUUUGGGUAUCAGAAGCCAGAUUUUUUGUUAAACUAAUGUGUAGAUCUGUGAACGCAGAUACCUUUGUUAGACCAGAGGCUAAGCAAGUGGAGAUCUGAGCACAGAACUGACACUCCCUUCCUCUCACUCCUCAAGACUCCUGCGGGCCCCCGGGGGCCAUGGGCGCCUCGGCUGGUGAAGCUGCACCCGACGGUUCUGGCUCAUUGUGAACAUCAGGCGUAUUGAGGGCCUUCGCCCCCACGCCUGCCAAUGCCAUGAGGCCUUUGGUCUCCUGGAAGGGUAAAAGGACUACACAUUUGCAGGAGCGAAAGUUACACACACUAGGGGUCAUUUCACUCAGCUGACAAGGCGGGGAAGGCCUGCCUGUCACCCGGGGUCGGUGGGAAGGGUUCCUCGCACUCUCAGGAGACCCGAGAAGCUGAUGGUGUGCAGAACUGGCAGGAGCUCAUACGAGACCAAGUCUGUAAUAAAAUGUCAGCUCUGGCUCUCACCUUGGCGCUGCUGUAAUCACAGAGGUAAACCAUUCUUUCCACGACUGUCCCCUUCCUGUGGGAUUCGGGGGUGACCCUACGGCACUUUUUGGCAUCCGUCCUUUAAGAAUACACGCCUGAGUACUGCUAGUCCCUGUUUCUGAUCCUCUGUCUGCCAGGUGGUUACCUCAUUCAGCCCAAGAGCUACAUAUUUGGAAAGGGGAGUGGAGUGUUCUUUCCACGUGAGAAGCGAAUGUCUUUGGGAAAAGGAAGAGCUGGUGGGUUCUGGAGCUCAGGCUGCUGUGGAUGUGGACAUGCCGGUCCCGAUGGCUGUCCCUCUCUUGUCUCUGUUCCACCUGGAGGGGCAGCGGGGCUUCCCUUUCCUUCUCCCCAGGCCCUCCGCUGGGGCUGGAGGCCAGCAGGGCAGCGUUGCAGUCCCUGCAGUUUACACGGUUCAGUUUCAUCUCAGCCAAUGGCUCCCCGGACCUGCUUUGUUAGUGCCGUCAUCCCGGGCUGUACGUUGAAUGAUGAGGUUCACCAGCAAUAAAAUCCUGGGCGGAGGCAGCCUCCAGGAACGCAUCUUCCAGGCACUGGCACCGAGGAGCGAGCUGCGGCCACCAUGUCAGGUGCCUGCUGACACCGAGGACCAUUUCCCUGUGAGAAGUCCCACGUGCCAUGAGCCCAGCUUUUCUUCCAGGCAGCUUCCACCUUCCCUUUCUCAGAGGGGCUGCCUGAGUCUGUAAAUGUGAAAGUAAUAAAGUAAUAAAUAAAAACUGUCCAUCCUGACACGUGCUGCACUUUGAGGGGCUCUCUGUGGCCCCACCCGGCCCCCGCGGCCUGGCCCCAGCGAGGGGCCUGCAGGACUGCUCUAGUGGCUGCUGGUGGCAGGACCACAGAAGAGAAGGCCCACAUGUGACAGGCCCCAGCGCUGACCAAGAGACGUCAGUGUAGUGGCCUGUCAGUUGACAAGCGGGAUGUCACAUGAGCUCUUUUUUGUAGUCUUGAGAAAAUCAUUUCACACCCUAAUCAGCCAAUUGAUUACCUCUUUCCUAUUUGAAAUGUAACAGUGUGAAUAAUAUAUUUGAGUCUAAGGCCUUAAAGUUAGAACUAAUUUUUUAAAAAUAUCUUUCUUCUCAGAAAUAAAGGUCAGAAAGCUGUGUCCCCAUGUGUCCCCAAUCCUCUGGCUUUUAGAUUUAGGUCACUAUUCUUUGGCAUUUGCGUCAUUUUCCUAACAGAUUUUGCAAACAGGUAGCGUUGGCCACCAGAACAUCUGGACAUUUCACAGUAUGUCCCAAUGUCAUUCCCCAUCACCGCCUCUAUGUGUGGUAGAUCUUGACCCCGCACAACGCCCCACUGCAGUCACCUCCACCAGAAUCAUUCACUUCCUUCCCUCCCCCGCCUCCCCCAAGACCUCAGGAGGAGGUGCCAGUUCUCCUGUCACCCAAACAGUUUCCCCCUCACUGCUGCCUUGAGGAGCUUUGCAGACGCAGCCUGGAGCCAACCCUCACACUGCUGGGUCCUUCCUGGAAACACACACUGCCUGUGCCGGGGACCUCCCUCACCUGGCAGGUGUCGCUGGGCAGCUGUCUCAACCUGUGCCUAUGCCCAUUCCAGGAGCCCCAUGUCCUCAGCUCUGGGACUUUGUGGCUGACGCUGGACCUGCCAAGGGGUAGGAUGGAGUGUCCCUACAGGGUGGGCACUAAGGUGGUUGUGGGCUGGGGGUGCCACCAAGGUAUAGUGCUCACAGCUCAUUCCCUUCCCAGGUAAGGGGAUGGGCAGCACAGGAGAUGGUGGCUGGUGGGAAAUGUCAGGGUGAGAACUCAGAAGUAACAUUAAGCUUGGAUUUGAAAGAGGAAUAAAUAAGACCUGGCCGGUGUGGCUCAGUGGAUAGAGUGUCAUCCUCUACACCAAAAGGUGUAGCUUUGAUUCCUUGUCAGGGUGCAUGUGGGAGGCGGCUGAUCGAUGUUUCUCUCACCCUCAUUUUAGGCUUUCUUUGUGUCCAAUGGCCUGAAGUCUCAGAGUGUAAUAAUAAAAAUUUUACUCAA